CGGACGGCUCCUGCAGGAGAUCGUGGCUCGGUCGGGUGACACUACUGCCCUCGACUGGGUCGGACAAUCCUCCGAGUUCAAUAGCUGUCUUCCAGCCGAUAUUACCUCAUACGCAGCUCCGCCAUUCACCGCGCCAUCUUUGUCUGAAGACGAGAUUCAGACAACAGUUUCCUCGUUGCAAAAUAUCGUGGCUGCGGAAUUGGCUUCAAAACUCUAUACUCUGCUUGACAACAUGGGAGCUCCUCGUUUCGCGCACUGCAGGCUUUAUCUGCCUUGCAUGGUAUUCCGUGUCACAGAAAUCAGAAGGAGGCGCGAUCCCAAUAUUAAACGUGCCACUAAUAUCACAUAUGGGAUCAAGGCAGAUGGGCUUCAUGAGCUGCUGAUCAUCACGGAAGAGAAGCUUGUUCAGUUCACCCCGGUACGGCCUAAUCGUCAGACAGUCUUCCUUGUCCUUCCCUGGAAUCGGAAUCUCCUUGAACCCGCUGAAUUUGUAGAACCUCCUGAUUUUGGAGAUGAUACACAAAGCGAGGAUGAAUAUUGGUCCUCGCGCGGGUCUCCAUUCGAUGCGUCAUCUGGUAGUUCUGACGGAGGCCAGGAGCCGGUUGAUUCAGAACCAAUCUCACGAGCAUUGCGAUUGAUCGUUCGCCUCGGACAGCCUUUCAACGCACUUUUGCUAGCGCAGCAGUUUAGCGGAGAAUACAAAAGGAUCGCUUCGGACUGUUAUAUUAUUGCAGAGGUCAAAGAUAUAGCUUCUGUCAAGGACAUGAUGGAUAUCAGGUCCCUAGAAAUAUUGUAAUUGUAUGUAUUUAUUUGAAGACCAGAUACCACUGAGCAGUUGUCAUUUGUUCUUUGACAAUAACACGCACCUACAUAUAGCAUCAGAACUGAGUCAUAGACUCUACUUCCGCUCUCUUUCACAUCCAUCUGUUCAGGGAGCAACUAUAAUCGCCUUUUCAGAUUUUGAAUAUGUCAUGAUGACAUUCGU